UCCCCGUGCAGACCCACCGUGGCCCCCCUCACCCCCGUGUGCGGUGCACCAGUCUGAGUUCAGCCCCUUCGGCUGGAGGCUCGGGUUUAUCUGGGACCAAACAGGACUCCAUUCAGGAGCUGUGCGCCGUCAGGUGAAGGAGGACUCCGUCGCGGACUGUGGGGGGGACUGAGCCAGGACCGGGAACCGGGGUUUGGAACUUUUCCGUGUGAACUCGGGUGUGUGAGGCCGAGCGGGGUGCCAUGGCCGUGUGGUCCGCUCUUUGGGUGCUCUUACUGUGCCAGCUUUUGACCUGGUCCUCCGCUCAGAGGCCAGGCCCCAGAGGAGCUUCUGGGCCCCCUGGACCCCCAGGGCCACCAGGAAGGGAUGGCACUGAUGGUAAACCUGGCCCUGCUGGACUACCAGGAAAAGCAGGUCCCAAAGGGAAAGCAGGAAUUCCAGGAGGACCAGGAAAACCAGGUCUGCCCGGACUUCCAGGAGUCGAUGGUUUGACAGGUCCUGAUGGUCCUGCUGGGAAGGAUGGACCUGCAGGAGAAGCUGGUGAAGCUGGACCUCCUGGACCACCUGGACCUCCUGGCAGAGGGAGACCAGGAGCUGCAGGGCUACCUGGAACCAACGGGUUGCCGGGCGGAGUCGGACCCCAAGGUCCAGCAGGUGCUGAGGGUCUUCCAGGACUUCCCGGACCUCCUGGCCCUGAUGGCCCCCCAGGUCUUCCUGGAACUCUUCAUGAUCUUAAUGGUGACCUUCUGUGUCCUGCAAUCUGUCCUCCUGGUCCCCCCGGACCCCCUGGGAUGCCAGGAUUCAAGGGUCACACAGGACAUAAAGGAGAUAAGGGAGAGCUUGGAAAAGAUGGAGAAAAAGGUGAUGCUGGUCCACCUGGCCCACCUGGUAUUCCCGGCACUGUGGGUCUGCAGGGCCCACGUGGUCUGAGGGGGUUGCAAGGCCCCAUGGGAGGUGUAGGAGACAGAGGUCUGCCUGGCUUCAGAGGUAAACCUGGUAUUGCCGGCAUCAUUGGAAAAACAGGUGAUUCAGGAGAAAAAGGACCACAGGGAUUUAGAGGCCCCAAAGGAGAAAUUGGUAAAAUCGGUCCCAAAGGAGCCCCGGGUGGAGCUGGACCCAAAGGGGAGCCUGGUAUUCCUGGCAGAGACGGCAAAGACGGUACACCUGGAUUGGAUGGCGAGAAGGGUGAUGCUGGACGCCAUGGGGUAGUUGGAGAGAAAGGACCCAACGGACUUCCUGGUUUGCAAGGGAAGGCUGGUGUAAAGGGAUCUAAAGGAGGAGUUGGUGAUCCAGGGAAGCCUGGGGAGACAGGACCCUCUGGAGAGCCAGGUAUUCCUGGUGAGAUUGGCAUCCCAGGAGAGAGAGGAAUAGCAGGACCCAGAGGAGUGGCUGGAGGAAUUGGUGUUGCAGGCCACGUUGGGCCUUCAGGAGUAAAAGGCUUCCAGGGGGUGAAAGGAGCCUUGGGGGAUCCAGGUCUUCCAGGUCCAACAGGAAUCCGUGGAGAGUUUGGUGAAAGGGGGCCAGUCGGAGCUUCUGGAGCUAAAGGCGACAUGGGUGUAGCAGGAAGUGACGGUCUUCCAGGAGAGAAUGGAGAACCUGGUCCUUUUGGUCCAGUUGGUCAAAAAGGAGAAGGUGGAAAACGAGGCGAACUGGGACCCAAGGGAGUGACAGGUCCACAAGGUGAGCUUGGAGCGAGAGGCCCUCCAGGAAAACAAGGACCAAUGGGCUUCCAGGGCGAGCAAGGUCUGCCUGGAAUUGCAGGAAAGACAGGCGUACCUGGUAAACUGGCAAGUGAACAGCACAUUAGAGAGCUCUGUGGCUCAAUGAUUGAUGAUCAGAUUGCACAGCUCGCAGCUAACCUUAGAAGACCCCUGGCUCCUGGAAUGGUGGGCCGCCCUGGUCCUGCUGGGCCUUCAGGAAAACCAGGUGUUUCUGGAUCUGUAGGACACCCAGGUGCCCGUGGACCACCAGGGUACAGAGGUCUGCCAGGAGAACUUGGAGACCCUGGUCCAAGAGGUGAUGUUGGUGAACAGGGUGAUAAGGGACCCGUUGGCAAAGCCAUUGAUGGACCUGCUGGAGAUCAGGGAUACCAAGGUCUCCCAGGCGUUCCUGGAAUUGUCAAAGACGGACGUGACGGAUCUCCAGGAGAUCCAGGUGAGCCUGGAGAGCCAGGCAGGGUAGGUAGGACUGGGCACCAGGGACCUCCUGGAAUCUGUGACACAACAGCUUGCCAGGGGGCAGCAGCUGCUGGGAAAUCCUCAAACCCGAAAAACCAUUAAAAGUUACUUCCAGCAAGCUGACACCAUCCACCCCAAGGAGAAAGGGUGAUAAGAGAAGGAAGACAAAUGAAAAAAAAGUGUGAUCAUGAAGAAAUUCCUCUUUAUAUAAAUGCAUAUAUCACAACAUGGGAAGAUUAACAUCAACACGUGUGAUAUUUUGAGAGGAACAGAGGAACAUCCAGGAGUAACAUGAACCUGAGAGACAACAAUCAAGAUGACAUUCAUAAAUAAAGUGGACAGAAGAGUGCAAGAGAACAAUGGCAUUGCUCCUAAUAUUAUCAUGACAAGACUUGACUUACAAACAACUGGAAAAAUGAAUGAGUCCUUUGUGUGUAAAAACUUUGUACAUGUUGUUUCCAUGCCCCCAUACCUUUGUUAACAUUCUUCUAUCUAAAAACAACUGUCUCUGAAGUGAAUGUGCAUGUAUCAUGGCCCAUUGAUGUAGAUCACAGGUGUUACCUCAACAUUCAGUACAAGCUUACAUUGUAAAAUAAGAUAACAGGUACCAGAGGAGGAGCAGUGUAUGUGUUGUAAAAGGAAUAAAAACAAAUACCCAGGUGCCCAGAAAUUGUGUACAUUAAUGAAAAAAAUGUAAUACUUGUGAUAGUCUUUUUUUUUUUUUAACUUUUUUUUUUUUUUACAGCUUUACUUUUUUUAAUCACAUGUGAAGUUCAUUUUCUAGAUCCGACAAUAAAAAACAAAAUGAAACAUGUGGAUGGAGAAAUCAGACAUUGUAAAAUAAAUUCAGGAAUCUUAAGUGCAAAGUGAACUUUUUUUUUUUUUUUCAUUUUCAAAUCUGCAAUGACCACAUCCACUAUGUACUACCGGUGCUGUAACUAUUAAAUAUACAUGACUUUAAAUACUA